ACAUUGGCCGAAGAUAUUAUCUGAGCUGAGGUGGCAAAGUGCUGAUGAAACGGACACGUGUAAAAGCGACGCCAUGUGGAGCCUUAAUUGGUCCAACGAGACAAACACCGCCUUCUCUUUUUCUUUUUCUCUCUUCCUUCCUAUCUCUCUUCUCUCGUUCGAACUUUCUUCCUCUUGUUCUUCUUCCUCCUUUCUCGGCUCUUGUUUAGGCGAGAGGGUUCUCCUGCCAAAUUUUCGCUAAGAAGGAACGAUUCUCAAUUUUUGAGCAGCUUGUGCAAUUCUUGUCCGAUUUUUUAAAAGUUAAUUGGAGUAAGGAAACCAUGGCGGAGAAUCUUUCAAUGCCGGCGACGUCUACGGAUCCCGACCUGACUCAGUGUUUCCUCCCGGAGUCCUUUCGUUCGAACACGGACGCGUCAGCCAUUACCAUCGACACUUCCAAAGAUGUAUGGCGCCAUUGCAAAAACGCAAUACAGAAAAAAUCCAAAGAGUGGACAGAUGAGAAGCACAAUAUGUAUCUUAAUUCGUUAGAAGCAUCUUUUGUAGAGGAGUUAUACAAUUCAAAUCGUUUUGGUGGCUGGGGUGUGAAAAAGAACUCUUGCACGCCAUAUUCUUCCGACCAGUUUGUGGUGCUUGGGGAUGGAUGUUGGAAGAAGAUCAACUAUGAGAAGAAGGAACCUUUGUUGAGUAGUGCAGCUGAGUCUCGCUUAGUGAUGCAUAAUCAAUGGAUUCGUCAUUUUAGUAAUUCAAACAAACGCCGAACUCUGGCAUGUUCUGAUAAAGGACGUGUUGCGGUUUGUAGCAAUGAAACCCACUCAAGAGGGAAGCCAGAACGCUUAUGUGGAUCGGCCAGUGGUUUGGAGUAUAAUCCUGUAUGUCACAAAUGCCAUCAGGAUUUGUGUGACAGCACUGCAGAGGUUUCUGAUCAGAAUUUUAUGGAGGAUAUUUCUGGAGUGAAACCCAGCUGUAAAUCUGUAGUGAAAAGGUUGAAGACUGCUGCAAGUGAUGAUUCUAACAAUGAUCAAGUAAUUAAUAUAGUGCCAUCAAUGCCAUCAAAGAAGUUCCACGCAGCAGAUGCUUCAAUUGCCUAUAGCAUAUCCUCUAACCGAGACAAACAAGGAUGUCAUGAAUUGCUUUCUAAGCACCCUGAAAACUACGUCUGCCCAAAAUCUGAUGGUCACUAUUAUUUGAGAGGGAGCUGAUUUGUGACCUUGGUUUGAAGCUUGGCAGGUUAUGAUUGACAUUGAUACACUUCAAAAGAAAGUUAAGGUUAGCUUCUUAGCUUCUCUACUUUUCUCUGGUGAGAAGCAAAUCAGCGACCCAUACCUAUAGCUAUCCAACAAUGGAAAUCUUCUGCUGGAAUUAAUGCUGUUGCUGUAAAUGAUGUUGCCUUAAGGGUUCCACUCAAGUUCAAGGCGAAAGAAUUUGUAUAUUCUGGAGUUAUGUCCUUAUACCUAGUAAGUAUGGUUGCAUAAUAUAAUAUAGGAGUAGAUGAAAUUGAUAUAUAUGACUCUGAAUGUUAGUAAUUCGAUAUAAGCUUUCCUUCUGGUUAGUAUCUUCAAUUUUUGUAGCAAUGUAAUUCUGAUAGAAGCAACAUGUAAUAGAAUUAGAAGAUGGUGAGAAAUCAAUUCAUUGGUUGUAUGGCUAGUUUGUUGUAGAUGUCCUGGUGCUCUGGUUUAAGUGAUGUUGUUUUCAUUGUAUAUGGUCUCUGUCACUAUUUUAUCAUCAUACUAAACAACUAUACCCUUAAUUUUGUCA